CAAUUCUUAUAUCCGUCAUGAACUCCCCGUACCUGAGCCCUUCCUCUUCAUCAGACCCUAGGACAAGAACAGACAGUAUCUUCCCUAUACAUCUACAAGACACUGGUGGUAUCAAGAAACGAAGCAACUCUCGAUCAAGUCCCCCUCGAUCCAUCUCUUCUGCCAAUAUUGAACGCCAUCCCGAGCUCUUGCCCGACCAGAUACAAGACCGACUCAACCUGAACAGCAACGGCUGGGUAGCUACCAAACAGUCUUCUACACCUCAGCAUCAAUCAACUUCACUCAGCUCGCCAUCAGACCCUCCAGCACUUCAGCAAGCUGGUGAAAGUCUUACACUACCUGGAUUUCAGUCCUUGCAAAACAGCUAUACUGGAUUUGGUUCUACCUCUCGCGAUCCGAAAGAGACUCCUCAUACUACAUCAGCAGACAUGGCCAACUUUGGGUUCAUCUUUGGAACUUCAGCGCCUUCGCAACAGAGCAUUUACGCAUCAGGACCUCUAGACAUGGAGCCCGCUUUCUCUGCGGCCCCGAUGGAGCCUUCGUUGAACCACGUCUCCGAACCGACGACAUUGAACAACCUCAACAGAGCAGUCAGCCCUUUCCACCCAACAAACUACGACAGUCUCGAAUAUCCUCUGGCCUCUACAACUAGCCGUACAAUGGUGAACAGAAGCAUAUCACACAGCCCGCUAUCCCAGCACAUGGACCCCCUGACUCCUCCUCAUACGGCAGGACUGGACUCGAUGCAACCACAACUAGCUGGAAGUCCCGGAGCACAGACUAGCAUGGACCGCAUGCGAUCACCGAGCAUCUACGAUGCCCAAUCAUACUCCUCAUCAUACGCAGCACCGGGUGUACAGGCACCCCAACCCCUUUUUCCGACAUCGCAGAGCUACAGCUAUCCCNCUCCCUCGGCGAUCAGCACACGCCAGCCAGUGUCCAGGAACGGCAGUGACUCUCAUGUGCGAGGAGUGGUAAACCAGAAACCAAAACCACAAUGCUGGGAGCAUGGUUGCAACGGACGCGAGUUCUCUACAUUCAGCAACCUUUUGCGACACCAACGAGAAAAAUCAGGAACGGCCGCUAAAUCAUACUGCCCAAAGUGUGGAGCGGAAUUCACCCGAACGACAGCAAGAAACGGUCAUCUGGCCCAUGAGAAGUGUUCAAAGCAACGCAGAACGUCAGAGGCCAAG